AUGCACUCCACAUUAGUGUUUCUUGCUCUCAGCGUAUUCGCAAUUGUUCAAGUCCAAUCACAAGCACCUGAUGGAUGUCAAAAAGCUAUUGACUCACUAAAUAGUAUUUUGGCGAAGAUAGCAGUGAAUAUUGAUCCUCAGCAUGUUGACGCCUCCUUUGGAGAUGAAUAUGUGAAAGAAGCAGAUAAGGUUCAUGGUGAAGUAUCACAGCUAGCGAAAAUGGUUCAAGAAUUGCAAGCACAGAAAACUGAAUUUGGAAAGAAAGCUAGCGGAAGUGGAAGUCGCGCAGUGUGCUUGAAAGGAAUCAGUGAUUUGCAGAAAGAAUUAAUGCAAUUGGAAGUAUCAUUGAAGGCUUUGGUUAAUUUGAGCAAACAAAUUAACGCCGAAAAAGCAAAGGUACACGUUGAAUGCCACAAUGAUCUUCUGAAGGAGAUUGACAAUGUGGGAAAAAUGUUGCAGAAACGAGACAUGUGA